AAAUUGCCACCCAAUAUGAUGCCACGAACUAGUUUGGAACCCUCUACGUGUCAGAUGGCAGAGCCACUGAGUUUUGAGAAAAAGGAAAGCAAGCUCACACCACACAGCUCUUUAAGAAGUCCUGUAGCACAGCAUAACCAUCCCAAUUUCAGACUGAAAAGCCCAGAGAAUGGAAAUAAAAAGAACAAUUUUUUGCUUUGUGAACAAAGCAAACAAUAUUUAGCUGGUCAGGAAGAGAAUUUGGUGGUCUCUUCAAACCCUGGUGGUAUCAAUGGAGAAGUAGGUGGGUCCAAAGGAGACAGAAAGCCAUUACCAACAGGAAACCCAAUGUCACCAUUAAGUCUUGGAAGUAAUUCACCACCCAACCAAGUAAAAACUAAGCCCAGCAAUAACGUGUCUCCUGAAAAAUCAAAAAAAUCUCACAAGUUGUUUGAGAAUGCCCUGUCCGUAAAUAAUCCAGCACUCUUCAACUCUUUAGGACCACCCCUCCGGUCAACAACCUGCCACCGCUGUGGCCUGUUUGGGUCACUGAGGUGUUCCCAGUGCAAGCAGACAUACUACUGCUCCACAGCAUGCCAGAGGAGAGACUGGUCCUCCCACAGCACCAUCUGCAGACCUGUUCAGCAGAGCUUGCACAAACUUGAAGAUAAUAAAUCACCAUUUGAAACAAAGAACAUUGAAGUGAAAAAUGAGAGCGAUGGUCCCCUUGGAAUUAAUAAAGAAAUGACUGCUGGUUCUGAGAGAGUAAUGUUUUCUGAUUUGAGAAGUCUUCAGCUUAAGAAAACCAUGGAAAUAAAGGGUUCAGUUACUGAAUUCAAGCAUCCGAGUCACUUUUAUGUCCAGCUGUAUUCUUCGGAGAUUUUAGAGUACAUGAACCAACUCUCUGCAAGCUUGAAAGAGACAUAUGCAAACAUGGUGCCUGAAGAUGGUUACCUCCCUGUGAAGGGGGAAGUGUGUGUUGCCAAGUACUCGGUUGACCAGACCUGGAACAGAGCGGUAAUACAAGGCGUUGAUGUGUUACAGAAGAAGGCACACGUCUUGUACAUUGAUUAUGGAAAUGAAGAAAUAAUUCCAAUAGACAGAAUUCACCAGCUAAAGAGAAGCAUUGACUUGUUUCCUCCUUCCGCCAUAAAGUGCUUUGUGGCAGGUGUCAUCCCAGCUGGGGCAGAGUGGAGUGAAGACUGCGUGACAGCUGUCAAGGCACUGGUGCUGGAGCAGUUCUGCUCCCUCAGGGUCGUGGACAUCGUAGAGGAAGAAGUGCUCACCUGUGCUGUCAGCCUUGCACUAGAAAGCUCAGGAGAACAGCUGGAGCAUGUGCUUAUGGAGAUGGGAUAUGGUGUGAAACCCGAUGAGCAGAACGCCAAGAAGCAAGGUGUGGAGCAAAGUGCUGCGGACAUUGGAAGAGCGACAGCUGAGAACAAGGUGGCCACAGACAGAAACGUCCUGAUCCCCAAGGUCUUGACCCUGAGUGUGGGUGCCGAGUUCUGUGGUGUGGUUGCCCACAUUCAGACGCCAGAGGACUUCUUCUGCCAGCAGCUGCAGAGUGGCCACAAGCUUGCCGAACUCCAGGAAUCCCUCAGUGAGUACUGUGGCCAAGUGACUCCACGCUCGGAUUUCUAUCCAGCCAUUGGGGAUGUGUGCUGUGCGCAGUUCUCAGAGGAUGAUCAGUGGUACCGCGCCUCAGUUCUGGCCUACGCUUCUGAAGAAUCUGUCCUGGUUGGAUAUGUUGACUAUGGAAACUUUGAAAUUCUUAGUUUGAAAAGACUUUGUCCCAUAAUUCCAAAGUUGUUGGACUUGCCAAUGCAAGCGCUAAAUUGUGUGCUGGCAGGCGUGAAGCCAUCAUUAGGAAUUUGGACUCCAGAAGCUAUUUGUUUCAUGAAAAAGAUCGUACAGAACAAAAUGGUCACCGUGAGAGUGCUGGACAUGCUAGGGACCAGGGCGCUGGUGGAGCUUGUGGACAAGUCCGUGACUCCUCAUGUCAGCACAUCUAAUGCGCUUGUAGACUCAGGCUUUGCUGUGGAGGAAAAGGAGGUAAUGGCAGAUAAAGCUGGCAGCCUGCACACAGACAGCGUUCCCUUGGCCAUAGAAAGAGCAGCCGAGCCCCUGGAGUGGGCAUGGGUUGAGUUCGCUGUUGACGAAAUGGUAGAUGUUAUGGUCUGCGUGAUGUACAAUCCUGGGGAGUUUUAUUGUCACUUUCUUAAAGACGAUGCUGUAAAGAAGCUGGAUGAUUUGAAUAAAUCCUUAGCAGAAUAUUGUGCACAGAAGCUGCCAAAUGGCUUUAAGGCAGAGAUAGGGAGGCCUUGCUGUGCCUUUUUUGCAGGUGACGGCAACUGGUACCGGGCUCUAGUCAGGGAGAUCUUACCAAGUGGCAAUGUUAGAGUGCACUUCGUGGACUACGGGAAUGUUGAGGAAGUCACCACAGACCAGCUCCAGGCGCUGUCGCCACAGUUCUUACUACUUCCGUUUCAAGGGAUGCAGUGCUGGCUAGCAGAUAUACAGCCCAAAAACAAGCAUUGGACAAAAGAAGCCACAGCAAGAUUUCAAGCAUGUGUUGCGGGGCUCAAACUCCAAGCCAGAGUUGUGGAAAUCACUGAAAAGGGGGUGGGAGUUGAACUCACUGAUCUUUCUACUCCCUAUCCCAGAAUAAUUAGUGAUGUUCUCAUCACAGAACAGUUGGUGUUAAGAUGUUCUUCACCACAGAAGAACACAGCCAUUGGCAGAGCUGCUGGCAAACAUAGCCAGAUGGACAACCAGGGGCUGCAAGCCAUCCCUUCAGCAGACCAGUGGAAGACAAUAGAACUGCCAGUUAACAAGACUGUACAAGCGAAUGUGCUAGAAGUCAUAAACCCAAACUUGUUUUAUGCCAUUCCCAGUGAAAUGCCAGAAAAUCAAGAAAAGCUGUGUGUGUUAACGGCCGAAUUGCUAGAACACUGUAAUGCUCAGAAAGGCCAGCCAUCCUACAGACCACGGACAGGAGAAGCAUGCUGUGCCAAAUAUACAAGUGAUGACUUCUGGUACCGGGCCGUUGUUCUGGAAACAUCAGACUCAGACGUGAGAGUGCUGUACGCUGACUACGGAAACAUCGAAAUGCUGCCUCUUUCCCGGGUGCAGCCAGUCUCCGCCAGGCACCUGGAGCUUCCCUUCCACAUCGUCAGAUGCUCACUUGAGGGGCUGGUGGAACUGAACGGAAGCUGCUCGCAGUUAGUGACACAGCUGCUGAGAAAUGCCAUGCUGAACCAGAGCGUGAUCCUUUCUGUCAAAGGAAUCUCGAAGAAUGUCCACACGGUGUCGGUUGAAAAGUGUUCUGAGAACGGAAUGAUCAAUAUAGCUGAGCAGCUGCUGAUGUGUGGCCUGGUGGAAAACCUCUCUUCUAAAAGGAAAACUUCGUCAAGUAAAGAAACGCCACACAGUACGGACUGCUGCUGCGCAGAGUUACAGAAGCAGCUUGAAAAACACGAACAGAUUCUUCUCUUCCUCUUAAACAACCCAACCAACCAAAAUAAAUUUAUAGAGAUGAAAAAGCUGCUGAAAAGCUGAAAGCGGUAUCUCAGAAAUAAGUGCUUGGGAGGAAGGCAACAA